AUGAGUAGCGUCAAGGAAUCUGUCAAGGAGACUUUGGUCGGCAGCACAGAGGUGCCUGAGCUGUCGCACCAAGCCCGAUCCAAUUUCCUCCGCCAUUCACAAAAGGACGAGAAUGGGGAAACCUAUAUGAACGAGAACGACUUCAUCAAUGCCGUUGCCCCCAAGCAUGAAGACUAUCAUAAGAUCAAGCGGAAUCAAUAUGGCAUCCUCUUCCGUGUGGCAGACCGGCGCCAGACUGGCAAGCUCACUCUCUCCGAUUGGGCGACCUUCGAGAACCUCCUUGCGAAACCCGAUGCCGAGUACGAGAUCGCCUUCCGCCUGUUCGACCUCGAUGGCUCCGGAACCGUGAAAUUCGAUACAGUGCAGGGACUGUACAACCUGAAUAAGACCGAGGAGAGCAUCCCGUUUGAUUGGAACUCCGAAUGGGCUUCCCUGUACACUGGCCGCACCAAGUCUCGCCAUGAUAUGACCUACCCUCAAUUCUCCCAGAUGCUGCGUGGUUUGCAGGGUGAGCGCAUUCGACAAGCCUUCCACGUCUUCGACAAGGAUGGCGAUGGCUAUAUCGAGCCCGAGGACUUCCAACGCAUUAUCCUCGAGACCUCCAAGCACAAGCUGUCCGAUCACGUCCUCGAACACCUGCCUUCUCUCUGCAACAUCUCGGCAGGCACCAAGAUUUCCUAUGCUACCGUUCGUGCGUUCCAGAACAUCAUGCGCGAGAUGGACAUCAUCGAUGUUGUUGUACGCGCGGCCACAAAGAAGAGUACCGAUGGCAAAAUCACUCGUUCCGAUUUCCUGAACGAGGCCGCUCGUGUCACUCGUUUCUCUCUUUUCACUCCCAUGGAAGCGGAUAUCUUGUUCCAUUUCGCUGGUCUGGAUGCGCCAUCCGGUCGUCUUGCUCAGAAGGAUUUCGCCAAGGUCAUUGAUGCCUCAUGGCGCAUUCCUGUUGCCAUCGCCGGCCAGGCUGCCUCGGAUGUCGCUGAGAAGGCUGGCUCCUUCAUGAACAGUGUAUUGGAAUCGGCUCACCACUUUGCCCUUGGCAGUAUUGCGGGUGCUUUCGGUGCCUUCAUGGUGUACCCCAUUGAUCUUGUUAAGACCCGAUUGCAGAACCAGCGAUCCACUCGCCCUGGUGAGCGCCUGUACAACAACUCCAUUGAUUGUGCUAAGAAGGUCAUCCGGAAUGAGGGAUUCACCGGUUUGUACUCUGGUGUUAUCCCGCAGCUGAUUGGUGUGGCUCCGGAGAAAGCCAUCAAGCUCACUGUUAACGAUCUCGCUCGUGGUUACUUCACUGAUAAGGAUACCAGUAAGAUCAAGUGGCCUGCUGAGGUUAUUUCGGGUGGUACAGCUGGUGCUUGUCAAGUCGUCUUCACAAACCCUCUGGAAAUUGUCAAGAUUCGUUUGCAGGUACAGGGUGAGGUUGCUAAGAAUGUUGAGGGUGCUCCUCGCCGUUCCGCCCUCUGGAUCGUAAAGAACUUGGGUCUCGUUGGUUUAUACAAGGGAGCCAGCGCCUGUCUCCUUCGUGAUGUUCCAUUCUCUGCUAUUUAUUUCCCCACAUACGCUCACUUGAAGUCUGACCUGUUUGGUGAAACCUCCACCAACAAACUUGGUGUGAUUCAGCUUCUGACUGCCGGUGCCAUUGCCGGUAUGCCCGCUGCCUACCUGACCACACCUUGUGAUGUGAUCAAGACCCGUCUGCAGGUUGAGGCUCGCAAGGGUGACACUAAGUACACUGGCUUGCGCCACUGCGCCACCACCGUGUGGAAGGAGGAGGGUCUCAAGGCCUUCUUCAAGGGUGGUCCCGCCCGUAUCAUGCGUUCUUCUCCACAGUUCGGUUUCACCCUCGCUGCUUAUGAAGUUCUGCAGAAGGCCCUCCCAUUGCCUGGUCACGGCGAUGAAUCCCCCAGCGGCCAUGUAGAGCCAGCCGUUGGCCUGAGGGGCGCCACAGCACCUCUCCCCUACCUCCGAUCAAGGAAUGCUCUGAAGCUCAUUCUCGACUUGGAACCCAACAUUGGCCGAGUGCAGGUCCCUCGUCCCGAGAGCUGGCCUAAGCUCAUCCAGGGCUCCAAGCAGUAA